GGCUGCCAAGCAGGCAGGCGGCCAGACAAGGAAAAAGGUGGGUUGAUCUUAGCUCCGGAGCAUGCUAGUCGUUGGCCCAGCUGGCUUCGAGACCAAGCCCUCGCUUCGCUUUGUAUCUGCCGCUUCCAGGCAUGAGUGACCCGUCCCUCCUGAGCAUGUCGACAACAACAGGCUCUUCCACUCGGCAGCCGUCCAACCCCAUGACGUCGCCUGAGCCGUCAACAGCAGCAGUGCCGCACAUGACCUCGGUGCACGAGAUAGGCGCGAAUUCGGUGAGUGUGCCGGGCAUGGGGCUGGACACGGUGGAGGAGGAGAGCGUGGCGAGGGGGAGCAUGUGGAACGUCCUGAGGAAGCUGGUGGCCUUCAUGGGACCGGGAUGGCUCGUUGCUAUGGCGUACCUUGACCCAGGUAGGUGGGCACCCAGCCCCACACAACACACUCACACACGAUUCACGUGUGAUGCUUGUCUUGUACGAGUCAUGGUGCAGGGAACAUUGAGGGCGACUUGCAGGUGGGUGCAUUGCGACGUCCCGGGGACGUCUCGGCGGGGUACCGCCUCCUGUGGGUGCUCAUGUGGUCGACAGCCGGAGGGCUGCUGCUGCAGUGCCUGGCCGUGAGGCUGGGCAACGUGACGGGCAAGGGCCUGGCCGAGUUGUGUCGGCUCGAGUACUCGCGACCCAUGAGCAUCCUCCUCUUCACCAUGACGGAGAUCGCCAUCAUCGGGGCCGACUUUCAGGCCGUCAUCGGCAGUGCAGUGGCGCUCAAGCUGCUGUUCGACAUCCCUUUGUGGACGGGCAUGCUCCUCACCCUCAUCGACACAUUCACCUUCCUCUUCAUCGGCUACUUCGGCGUCCAGCGGCUCGAGCUCCUGUUCGCCGCUCUCAUUGGCCUCAUGGCCGUCUGCUUCUGGACCAACCUCAUCAUCUCUCGCCCAGACGUCUUCUCCAUCUUCCGCGGGCUGGUGGUGCCGAGCGUGCCGAGGUCGCGAGACGGGAUGCUGUCUGCGGUGGGGCUGCUGGGGUCGGUCAUCAUGCCGCACAACCUGUACCUGCACUCGUCGCUGGUGCUGUCGCGGAGGGUUGAGCGGCAUGAGCUGUCCAAGGUCAAGGAGGCUAACUUCUACUCGUGCACUGAGGCGGGCCUGUCGCUGGUGGCCUCGUUCCUCAUCAACAUUGCCGUCAUCUGCGCAUUCGCCAACUCCAAGAUCAACCGAUCUGGCGAAGAGGUCAGUCAGGGAGGGAGGGAGGGAGGCCGACAGACGAGAGCAGCCGUGAGCCGGCCAGCGACACAUACGUGUUUUGUGUGUGUGUUUGGCAGCGGCUAGAUCUGUACAACGCCCACGAUGCCCUUGCUGAUGCAUUUGGGCAGGUAGGUAAUCAUGACGAGACAACGGCGACUCCAGAUUCGAUCGCGUGUGUCUGCGGGUGUAUGCUGCAGGCGUCCGUGUACAUCUGGGCCAUCGGUCUGCUGGCGGCCGGUCAGAGCGCCACCAUGACGGGCACUUACGCCGGCCAGUUUGUCAUAUCGGGAUUCUUCAACUUCCAUAUGAAGCCAUGGCUGCAGGUACGUCACCGGGCACUGGUGACGCACGCACAGACGUACACCUGUUGUCUGCUUUGUGUGUGUCUUCCUGUAGGUAUUGAUCACCCGUCUGUUGAGUGUGUUGCCGUUGCUGGUCACGGUGGCUGUCCUGAAGAUCGACGAUCUGCUCAAGCUGGCGGCCUACCUGAAUCUGCUGCAGGCCAUCCAGCUGCCCUUCGCUCUGGUGCCCGUGCUCAAGUUCAACACGAGCCGCAAAGCGGUCGGUGCCCUUCGGCUGGGCUGGGGCGUGCGCACAAUCACGAUUGCCAUCGGCCUGGCCACGAUCGUGGGCAACUUUGCCACACUCAUCCCGACAUCAGGCGACGACACCCGCAUCCUGACGGCAGCGGCGGUCAUAUAUUCCCUGCUCGGCGUUGUCUAUCUGUCGGUCAUUGGGUACCUGGUGUGGCGACCCAUGCAGGGCCACCACUGCCUUUAUCGACGGCACUCUCUGCUGGACCCACUGGUGUUGCAGACCGUCGCACAUCAGCCAGACAUGGAUGGCAGCAAUGAUGCUAAUGGUGUCGAGAUUAAUGGGGAUGAGGGGGGCAAGUCUGGAGGGUAUCAGAGCAGCGACAGUAACGGGGGGAAGGUGCAUCCAGGGUCUGCAGAGAGGACGUCAAUAAGGUGAUAAUUGUAUGAUUGAUGCGCGACUUUCAUAUUGAGUGUGUGCACCCACCCACCCAGAACACCCACAGUGUACCUUAGGCCGUCAUCACAUCUCUGUCUGGCUUCAUGCGCACAUGAAUGGAUGGAUGGACGUAUCAGUGUUGCAACGCCACUGACUGGGUGUGUCUCUCGGGUUCAUGCGUGUGGCUCCCAGACAGCGAGUGAUGUACGAAGCUUCACGCAUGAAUGACAUCGUGUGAAUGUUCACUGAUCUAAAACCCGACGUCAAGCUGAACAACCUCUCAU